AUGUACAGGCAGGUUGUACAUGAUGCAGACGAUUCUCUGCGCCUGAGAAUAUUCUUCCGGUUCAAUGAGAAUGAGCCAAUUGCAGUCUUCGAGCUGCUAACACUAACGUAUGGGUUAAAACCAGCAUCCUAUCUGGCAACCCGUGCACUACAACAGUUAGCAGUCGAUGAAAGUUUAGGCAAUUCUCCUGCCACUGCAGCAUUGAAGAAAGAUUUCUACGUUGACGACUAUAUUGGAGGUGCGGCAAACGUAGAGGGAGCGAUAGUUCUACGGGAAGACCUAACAUCGUUGAUGGCCAAAGGGGGUUUUCCUAUUCGUAAAUGGUGUUCGAACUAUUCUGAAGUCUUGGCUGGUAUUCCUAAGGAUCAAUUAGGAACUCAUCUCACCAUUACUUUUGAUUUGAGCCCGGACGAAAAAGUUAAAAUUUUAGGCAUCACAUGGGAACCUAAAGCGGACCAACUCCGCUUCCUCUUCAACGUCCACUACAACUGGUUGAAGGCUCCACCGAAUACUUGGAAAACCUUCAUAGCAAAUCGCGUUUCCACAACAACAUACGGGAACCCAUGGAAGCAUGUUGUUGGUAAAGAAAAUCCUGCCGAUUUGGUGUCCCGAGGAGUUCAAGUCGACGAUUUCUUGCAAAGCAAGCUAUGGAAGAAUGGACCGUCCUGGUUAAAGGAAUCUCCCUCCAAGUGGAUGACUGAAUCUUCAGAGACUACGCCAACGGAAGUGGAUCUCGAACCUCGCCUCACUACUCAAGCCAAUAUCACAUCGACAAAAUCGAACUCCAUAUUUUCCGUGCGGUCGACGCUGCUACCGCUAGUCAGGAUAGUAGCAUGGUGCUUUAGAUUUUCGUCCAACUGUCGAAAAGCAGAUCAACGGGAAACUUCCGCAUUUUUGACCGUGUGGGAGAUCAACAAGGCUAAAUUAGCCCUCGUACGUCUAGUGCAAGAAGAAACGUUUCCAGAAGAUAUCAAAUCCUUGAAGAAAACGUACCAGGUGUCGUCGAAAUCAUUUCUAAAGCUUCUUGGACCAUUCGUGGAUAAGGAAGUUAUAAGAGUGGGUGGUCGACUGCGUCACUCUCUUGAGGAUUACUCAGUGCGACACCCAGCAGUUCUCCCGCAAUCGCACGUUUUCACGCACAUGCUCAUCAAUUUUUAUCACCAAAAAAUUCAUCACGGAGGACAUCAAGCAACUCUCGCUGUAAUGCGACAAGAGUUUUGGCCAAUUCAUGGUAAAAGAGCUGUGACUUCUACCCUUCGAAAAUGCCAGCGUUGCUUCCGCUUCAACCCUAAGCCAACCCAGCAGCCGAUGGGGCAACUACCCUCCGCUCGAGUGCGUCCCGCCCGACCGUUUUUAAAAACUGGUAUCGACUACUGCGGGCCAUUCUAUCUUAAGCCAUACCAUCGACGAGCUGCCCCACCAAAAACCUAUAUAGCAGUAUUCGUCUGUUUUACAACAAAAGCGAUUCAUUUGGAGCUGGUGAUGGACCUGUCGACAGCUGGCUUUAUUUCGGCGCUCCGCAGAUUCAUCGGGCACCACGGAAGGCCACACGAGAUACACUCGGACAAUGCCACGAAUUUUCAAGGUGCUAAGAACGAGUUGCAUGAACUCUAUGAGAACCUAAACAGCAAACAGGGUCAAACAACAGGGUCAUUGGAACCGAACUCUCACAGAAGGGAAUCUCGUGGAACUUUAUCCACUCAGCUGACACACGAAAACUUCUGUACUCUUUUAGUACAAAUCGCAGCUGCCCUAAACUCAAGGCCCCUUAGUCCAUUGUCCGAUGACCCCACUGAUAUAAAUGCCCUCACACCAGCCCAUUUUUUGAUCGGUACGUCAAUGAAUGCCGUCCCUGACACCGACCUAACAGCCAUACCCUCAAACCGCCUCAUCCACUAUCAGCAACGACAGCAGAUGUUCCAAUGGUACUGGAAACGUUGGAGCCAAGAGUACCUGACUGGUCUUCAACAGGUGAGCAAGUACCUUCGCCCUAGUCCAAUCCGCGUUGGAACCCUCGUCGUGCUUCGAGAAGACAACAUGCCUCCUCUCCAGUGGCCUUUGGCGAGGAUAACCGAGAUACACCCUGGCGAUGACGGAGUGGUACGCGUCGUCACGGUCAGAACAGCCAAAGGGACCUACAGGCGUGCUGUAAAUCGAAUAUGUCCUCUACCGGACGAUACCGUUGAUACUAAUGAAGAUUGCUAG